CUUGCGCACGUCUCUGCGCAGCGCAUGACCCACAACUCAAACCUCUCGUCCAUGGCAACAAGAAACAAUCGCAUUUGUUUAGGUUUUUACUUCUCAGACUGUUUAGUUUAAAGCACGUAAAAGUCCAAUGCCUCCCAAAAAGAAUGGAAAGGGGAGCGGAGAUUUCUCAAAUAAAAAGGAAAGUAUUGAGCCUGAGCAGAAAAACGACGAAGAAUUAACGGAGAGUGACAAAAACUUUUAUCGGGCUCAAAUACGUGAUUUGGAGGAGCGUCUGGAAAGAUACCAGCAUAAAUGUGAUGAACUGGAGGUUAAAGAAAAGGACUUAUCCUCUAAGAUUGAUAAUGUGGAGAAAGAGAAGAAAGACAUAAUUCUCUACCUGAAAGGCACACUGGCUCAAAAAGAGGAUGAACUGACUGAUCUGACUGAGACUUUAUCAAGACACCAGCAAGCCCAAGAAGCUGAGAGAGAGUCUUUUGAGUUACAACUGAGCAUGCUUAGACACGAACUUCAGGAAAAUAAGGAAAAAUUCACAUCUGAGAACAUGGCACUUGCCGGUAAGUUGGCGUCUUUGGAGGACUUUUCUAUGCAGCGAGAGAAGCUGAUGGCGGAACGCAGGUCUUUGGAAGAGCAACUUCAAAAUCAAAAAGAGGAACAUCAAGCACAAAUAUAUAAUCUGGAGAAAAAAGCUGUACUGGACAAUGACAGGCUAAAGAAAGAAAUGCUGCAACAUGUUGCUGCUGUAGCAGCUGAGUUUCGGCGGGUGUCAGACCAAAAGAUGCCCGAGACGACAAUGAGGGCCAUGCAAGAGAACCUCUUUGUGACGGCACAACUUCAGAAGCUCUCAGAUAAGACCCAGGAACUGCUGAAGGAGAAUGAUGCUCUACGAGCAAGAGAAAGGCAACUCAAAAUAGAGAAUGGCAUUACAGAACCGCUGCUGCAUGAAAUAACCAAGAAGAAUGUUGCUAAUCAAAAGGUGGUCCAUCAGUUGACAGAAAAGUGCAAGCAAAUGCAGUCUGAAGUUGAGAAAUGUGCCAAACUUAAACUGGAGCACCAAGAGCUGCUGGACAAUCAUUCUGCAGUAUGCACAGAGCUUGAUGCUCUCAGAAAGAAACAUGCAACAGUUAAAGAACUGCUGAACAAAACAAAAGCUGAAGCCAAGACACACAGGAAAGAGCUUGAGGAGGAAAGGACGCUGAGAGAACAGAUAAAGACAGUUCUUGAAGAAGCAGCUGUAGCACUAAAAGAGGCCUUAAGGGAGGUCCCUAAAGAGGAAGACUCGGAACUGAAGGCUACUGUAAGACGAAAUCAGAUGAUGCAAAAGCUUCUGGCUGUGCUGGACAGUGCUGCAGCUUUAGGAAACGGUCCCACUCUUACUGAAUUUAUGCCAGAGGUGGCUUGCAGACAUGAUCUGAAAAAAGUCUCUGACGUGAAAAGACCGAGUGAACUCAGACAGAAAUCGAUUAAUCUUUCUCACUUCAAAACUGGAGACCUGGGUUUGGUCCCUCGCAAAACACACACCACAUCAUCAAAGAUGGGAAAUCUCUCAAGGAGUGUUUAUACCUCUCCACAUAAGAAAUUAUUAAGUGAAAAAUGACUGACUUCUUCAUAGUCGUACACCAUCAAACUUUGUGGGGGAUAUUUUUUAAAUGUAGAAUAGAAUUCUAAAUGUCAUUGUUGUUUUCAUGUCUUGUCAUUAGGUGGCAGUGUUAUAUCAUUAUAUGGAUAGAUAAGUGAACUUGGCCUGAAAUAGCAAUAAAGUGUACUUUUUUAAAAGAAAA